GGGGAGAUUCUGCCCGGAGACUGAUGACGUGAAGGAGAAAGACGAAUUCCCAUUGGUGGAUUCUGGGCGUCGGGAAGCAAAGAAAGGAGGAGCGUCUCUCUCUGUAUGUGUGUCGGGCUCCGUUCAAGUGCCGCGAAGCCCCGCCCCAUGUUAGGCCCGGGCGGAAGUCCACCGAGGAAGGGAGGCGUCUUCCUAGAGAGGCUGAGGGCGAGAGGGGUCGGUGAGCUGGCUUCCGGAGGAGGAGGCGGAGAGGAGGCCUUUGGGAGAGAGAGGAAGAGGAAGGGGUAACUUCUGUAAAAGUUCUGCAAAGAAAACCUUGUGAGAGCUUUGCCCAAGGAGUGCUCUAAGUCUAAAGUGACUUCAAGAUGCACAGUAAUGCAAACAAGAAAAAAUAACUGUAGAAAAAUAUAUUACAAGCUACAUACCUGUGCAAUUAAGGGGAGUGCUGAAGAUUGUGCUGAAGAAAGAGAAGCUUGCUGAAAGUGAGCAGAAGGCUACAGCAAUACCAAGACUAUGCUGUUCGGGAGGUUAUAUCUGUAAACCCCUGGCAUAAUAUUUGAAUUAUAAUUAUAAAAGAAUGGCAAGUCCUCUACCUCCCUAUCCUAGAUCACACACAGGGGAGAAGUUACAUCAAUGUAUGGAAUGUGGGAAACAGUUUGAAAGGAAACAUUCUCUUACUGUACAUGAACGGACCCACACAGGGGAGAAGCCCUAUAAAUGCAUAGAAUGUGGAGAAAGCUUCAGUCAGAGUGGCAGUCUACGUUCCCAUCAAAGGACCCAUACAGGGGAGAAGCCCUAUAAAUGCAUGGAAUGUGGAGAAAGCUUCAGUAAGAGUGGCAGUCUACGUUCCCAUCAAAGGACCCACACAGGGGAGAAGCCCUAUAAAUGCAUGGAAUGUGGAGAAAGCUUCAGUCAGAGUGGCAGUCUACGUUCCCAUCAAAGGACCCACACAGGGGAGAAGCCCUAUAAAUGCAUAGAAUGUGGAGAAAGCUUCAGUAAGAGUGGCAGUCUACGUUCCCAUCAAAGGACCCAUACAGGGGAGAAGCCCUAUAAAUGCAUAGAAUGUGGAGAAAGCUUCAGUAAGAGUGGCAGUCUACGUUCCCAUCAAAGGACCCAUACAGGGGAGAAGCCCUAUAAAUGCAUGGAAUGUGGAGAAAGCUUCAGUCAGAGUGGCAGUCUACGUUCCCAUCAAAGGACCCACACAGGGGAGAAGCCCUAUAAAUGCAUGGAAUGUGGAGAAAGCUUCAGUAAGAGUGGCAGUCUACGUUCCCAUCAAAGGACCCACACAGGGGAGAAGCCUUAUAAAUGCAUAGAAUGUGGAGAAAGCUUCAGUCGGAGAGACAAACUACGUUUCCAUCAAAUGACCCACACAGGGGAGAAGCCACAUAAAUGCAUAGAAUGUGGAAAGAGCUUCAGUCGGAGAGACAAACUACGUUCCCAUCAAAUGACCCACACAGGGGAGAAGCCACAUAAAUGCAUGGAAUGUGGAGAAAGCUUCAGUCGGAGAGACAAACUACGUUCCCAUCAAAGGACCCACACAGGGGAGAAGCCACAUAAAUGCAUAGAAUGUGGAAAGAGCUUCAGUCGGAGUGAGAAUCUACGUUCCCAUCAAAGGACCCACACAGGGGAGAAGCCACAUAAAUGCAUAGAAUGUGGAAAGAGCUUCGUUCACAGUAAAACUCUGCAUAUCCACCAAAGGACCCACACAGGGGAGAAGCCACAUAAAUGCAUAGAAUGUGGACAAAGCUUCAGUCACAGUGGCAGUCUACGUUCCCAUCAAAGGACCCACACAGGGGAGAAGCCAUAUAAAUGCAUAGAAUGUGGAAAGAGCUUCGGUCACAGUAAAACUCUGCAUAUCCACCAAAGGACCCACACAGGGGAGAAGCCACAUAAAUGCAUAGAAUGUGGAGAAAGCUUCAAUCGGAGAGACAAACUACGUUCCCAUCAAAGGACCCACACAGGGGAGAAGCCAUAUAAAUGCAUAGAAUGUGGAAAGAGCUUCGGUCACAGUAAAACUCUGCAUAUCCACCAAAGGACCCACACAGGGGAGAAGCCACAUAAAUGCAUAGAAUGUGGAGAAAGCUUCAGUCGGAGAGACAAACUAUGUUCCCAUCAAAGGACCCACACAGGGGAGAAGCCAUAUAAAUGCAUAGAAUGUGGAAAGAGCUUCAGUCGGAGUGAGAAUCUACGUUCCCAUCAACGGACCCACACUGGGGAGAAGCCACAUAAAUGCAUAGAAUGUGGAAAGAGCUUCAGUCGGAGUGACCAUCUACGUUCCCACCAAAGGACCCACACGGGAGAAGCCACAUAAAUGUACAGAAUGUGGAAAGAGCUUCAGUCGGAGUGACAGUCUACGUUCCCAUCAAAGGACCCACACAGGGGAGAAGCCACAUGAAUGUACAUAAUGUAGAAAGAGCUUUAGAGAAAGUUCAGCAUACAUUAGACAUCACAGAACUCAUGCGCCGCUAGAGGAGACGGGCCUUUGAGUUUCCGAGCUCUCCUCAAAAGAACGUUGGAAGGAAAGAGGAAGGCCACCCCCUUGCUCUCUCUCUACCAUGAACUGCAGUUUGCUGCUGACAGGUCUCACUCAGAGGGGGACUUUUUUCAACAAGCCUUGAAGGGGUUCACCUAACCUCCUCCACAAGGAAACCCAUCACAGGCUUCUAGGAUGGUCUGUGAAGGUUUCCUGAAAUGAGCAGAAGCUGAGAUCUCUGGAUAAAGGGGGUUCUGAAAAAGAAUAGCUCUUUGGUAGCAGAUUACGUCAUAUCUUGAUACGCUUGUCUCAUGUCUCGGCUCUACUGCCCCUCAGUUAAAAUUCUGGGCUCCAGCCAUGUACCUGUAACCCUUUUCUGGACUUUGUUGUGUCCUGAAUCAUUGACUCUAAAUUCUGGACUGACUUCCUGGUUUCAUUUAUGAACCAGGACUUUGUAUCCCUGACUUUUUGGGUUGUCUUUGAGACUCUGAAUUCUGUUUGUACUCCUGAUUUUUUUUUUUAGUUAUCUCUGUCGAAUGAACUCCUGGCAUGUGACUAUUGACGUAUAACCUUGGCUAUUGUUUUUUCUUGCUUCUGAUCUGGAUCUGCAGUUCCUGACAUGUCUGCAUUAAUUGGACUCUUGACCUUGACUUGUGUUCACUGUUACUCUGACUGUGUUGAUGUAAUUAUAUUAUUUUAGCAGGACUCGAGACUUUAAAGGUAAAGGAUUUAAGGUUUAAAGGUAAAGGACUCAAUACUUUUAAA